AUGCCGUCGUCGGAAGCCAAUGGAUCAUACAGCAUCUUUCAAACAAAUAAUGAACCAGGUUGUCUCGAUUCUAGCAGUUCAAAGAGAUCAGGAGGGGGGAAAGACCCCUGCACCAAGGGCAAACGAGAUAAUGCAUUCUCUCCCAUUCCAAACAUGUCGCUAUGUGGUUUUUCAGACAUAAAGCCAGCAACGAUCUCCUUCACGGGCAUAUCCCUUAAUCAUCAUUCAGAACGUCGCCCCGGCCUGCUAAAACCGGAACUACCACAUCGACGGCUGUCACAGCCACCAGAACUGGAUGACCCUAUCACCUCUGGCUGGGCCCCUCUGGGAUUUUGUCGAAAGAGGGUUGGGGGAUUCAGGAAUCGGGGUACCUUGUGCUACCGGAACGCGGUGCUUGUAGUGCUUAUGAAUACGCCUGUUUUUCUGAAAUGGCUUAUCAGAUAUCACAAGAGCCACGAAACGUGUACUUCAGAACAACAAAAGUGCCUAACCUGUUGUUUCUAUCGUCUUUAUCAUCUCUAUUGGGUCAAAGAAGAUGAUGGAAAGGAUAGAUUGCAGAGAUGCCUGAAACCGUUGUGGGGAAGACUUGCAAAGACCUCCUGGAAUGGUUAUACCCAAGGGCAGCAGGAUGCGCGUGCAUUCUUGGAAUGCAUAUUCCAGCAGCUACUUGUGGAGGUAGAUGAACAGGGCUGCCGCGAGUUGAAUGAUAUAUUCAAGAUUCGAGUGAGCAGGAAUAAAAAGUGCUGCAAAUGUGAGAGGUUGAGAAAUUGGCCAGAUGAAAAAUUCUUUAUGGUGUAUGCUCCUGAGGAUGAAAAUACGCCUGGGUUCGCAAAUAUCGAGGAAAGACUACUAGACAAAUCAGAGUAUUCGAUUGAAAAGUGUGGCAAGUGCGGACAAGAGACAGGCCAUCUUACUUCCGAGAAGGCUUUAUACCUUCCUGAAGUUCUUCUUGUCCAAUUCCCCAGAAUGAAAUAUGACAAAAGGACGAAUGAGCCCAGAAGAAUUAGGGCUCCUGUCUUUCUUCAGAGCGAGAUAGAACUCCCACCUGGCUUAUUGAGUGAUACAGUGAAAAUCGAAGGCUGCGCUCGGUAUGAGCUUUUCGGGAUAGUCUUCCACACGCCAGAUGAGACGGACAUCCAGUUGGGUCAUUACACAUGUGCUGUCAUGGGACCAGAUAAUAAGUGGGCACAUCAAGACGACAUGAUAACUGACACCUAUGAAUCACUGGAUGAUAUUCUUGAGGGUUUCAUAGAUAAUCAGGGGGGAAUGAAGCCUGGCCACAAUGAUCGCGUCUAUUGGGCAGUAUACCAUCGUGUGCCCCUCGAGAGGCCAUUAGAUCUGGGGUCCGGGGUCUGGGGAGAAGAUCAGGCUUGGGUCAUGCAACCAACCGACGAUGAUGAACCGCCCACCAAUGCUAAAUCCCAUGGCAGCCCCAAUGCAGGCUCUCCAAGGGGCUCUUCCCCAGAACCUGGUCUAGGUUCGAUGAGCAUCGCGCCUCAUAAUGCUGUAUGCCUGGAACAGACCAUUCACUUAAAGGGACGAAGGUUAAAUUGGAAAGUCAACGAUCAGCUGGUCAUAUCUGAAGGAGACGGGCCCCUUAUCUGGCUGAAACCAGGGAAAAAGGUUCAACAUGCCGAGGUCAGGCUUAGACUUGUCUGCCAAAAGACGCGAGAGCUCCUCACAGGGCGAGGCAUCAUUCCCCUUAAGCCAGAGAUUCUACUCGAGCCAUAUGAUGCUGGACCACGACCGGACACAUUUGUACGAGACGUCGGAACACAGACACGACUCAGUUUCCGCGGGGAAGACAACAGGCAAGUAAGACCUUCGGGAAGUGCGCAAGAUAGGGUUAUCUCUGGGAAGAUCAUCAAAGCCAGUAGCCCGAAGCGGUCUCAAUUAGCUACGAGAGCCUCUAUCUGA